UUAAUUACAAAGCACUAAUGCACGAUUCAGUAUUUUCAAGACGCUUCAUUUGCUGGAUGUGCCGAAGCAAUUAGCACCUUUAUCAUACAUCAUUUUUAACUCGACACAUUUUGCACAUUCUUUUCACUAAUAAAACAUUUUCAUAUAAAGAAGAUGCUGCUAGUCUCCUCCAAGAUAGUUGUGUGUUAAACGCGAUUGUAAUCAGAGUGCGUGUAAUUUUAUUGAGAAUCCAUAAGGCAUUAUUAUAAAGGAUCUUAGCUCUAUAAAGCAAGAUGUCAAAAAAUAUUUGGAGUUUUAUUUUCUUAGUUAUAUGCUUUCAUUUAAUGGAGAUAAUGCUAUGCGAAGCCAUCCUCAAGGAUAAGAGUGGGCCAGCCUAUCCAAGUGAUGUUAUUGAGAGUGUUUCAAGUGAUCUACUAGAAGAGUCCAGAGCAAGAAGAAAACGUCGCCACCAUUUACAUCAUUUGUGGGGUUGGCAUGCAUUGGCUAUUGCUUAUUUGGUUAAGGUGAAAAUAGUGAUUGUGGCUUUUUUCGUUGGUAGUGCUAUCUUUUUAGGUUUGCGCCAUGUUUUGCCAUACAAGUGUCCCGCAGAAGUGGUACGUGAAGCUUCCCAUAUCGUCUAUCCAACGCCUCCGUAUAUUCAGCCUAACGAUCAUGUACAUAUUCCAUAUACAUUCGAUCAUUCGAAUGAUUUUAAUGAUCAUCAUCUAUAUGAUGAUAAUUCGUGGCCUAAAAAUCAUGCUUCGUUAGAACCUUAUGAUCGAUACUCGGAUGUCAAUUCGCAAUCAGAACCUCAAAGUCUACGUAAAAAACGCCAUGUAAUCACAAAACGUGACAUAAAAACUUCUACCGAGGAAAGGAUAGGUGACUUUGUCUUAAAGUUCCUCGGCUUAGACACCUCAGCGUGCCGCCGCCGAUUCCUAUGCGAAAUAGAGUUCCGUUCCAAGAUUAAUCCCUUGACCAGCAUGGCCUUUCGAAUUAUAGGAACUAGUUUCUUUGGGGAAUAUAUUAACAAACACAAUAAACCAAAACAAGCGAAUUCAUUUGAAGAAUGCUCAAUGGUUAACUCCGCUUGUAUUUUCGUAGAAAAUGAAAAUUUAGAGGAAUCCAUCAGGAGGAUUAAGAAUGAGGAACAUGUAACUGCAACCGAUGUGAACGAGCAUAGCCGGGAAUCUUAUAAAUCAGGCGGGAUAGAUUCACAAAAUCAAAUUACUAAACUCAAACGAGUGAGAAAUUACUACAGCGAUCAAUUGCCUAAAUAUGAUCAUUCACUGUUUAAUUCAUAAAAAAAUUAUUAAAUAAAUAAUUUUAAUUGAAUAAUAUAAUAGCACAAAAAAACACUCGUUAGUUGUAUUUAAUAAUUUUAAAUUCUAACCGUUUAACAUUCAAUUUAAUAUCUUUAAUCAAACAAAUCCCAUCGUCAGACCAAUUUGUUCUAUGCAAAUAAUUUCUCCAGUGUGCAUUGUUAACGGCAAUUUCAAAGUUUUAUCAAAGCUAACAAAUCAUUAUACUCAUCGUCCAACAUGUUGUACCCAGCCAGAACAAAUUUUCACAACUUCACCAUCACUACUAACUUAAUAUUAUCAUCAUUCACCACACCAUCACGCCAUCAUCACCACGCCAUCGACAGCACGAAAUGGCAUUAAAACAACAGCUGAAACCCUUCGUGUUAACUGUGGAAUAUUAUCUGGGAUAAAAGCAAGAAAGAAAAAAAAAUGCAUUUCGGUGAAAAACCUGUGCAUAUAAGUAAUAUAGAGAAAACUGCAAAUU